AGGGAGCGGGCGCAGGCUCCCGCUUUGAAUCCGAAGGCUGAGUCGAGAAAGAGGCCAGGUGGAGCUCGGGGAAGCGCGGUCUAAGCAGGCGGCUGCAGCGCUGACAUGAUAUCGACCGCGCGCGCGCGAAUCUUCCGACUAGAUUCCGUAUACUGAGUUGCCUUGGCCUCAGUCAAGUUCAGAAGCAAUAAAAUAGAACCUCUUCGAUGCUCCCUUUCCCCCUCUUUCCGUAGCUCGUCGUCGUUCGUCGUCAGGAGCCCCGUUCGUUCGUUCCCUUAGACUCGCUCGGUGUCAGUAUACCCAGAUUCAAGGGUGUAUAUAUGCAGAAGAUGGCCACUGCGUCGACCUCCACGGAUGGCGCGGUCACAGUCGCGUCAACGUCGCUGCUGUCGGCAAUCAGUAGUCCAGCGUACUCGACCGCCGUCUACUUCGCACGGCAGGCUUGCCUCUCGCUCUUUUCCAGACUCGACUCGGGCCAGGCAUCGGGACUCAUCGAAAUUCACGAAAAGAACAAGCCGGACUCGCCGAUUGUUUAUGGCGCGCCCGUUUCCAAGCGAGCCUGGCGCUUGCGCCAGGAAAAGCAAGAACAGGAGGGACAGGUCUGCGAAGAAGCGCCAGCCUCUUCGUACGACAAGUCUCCUCAUGCCCGUCUCGAUGUUGAGAGCGAUGCGUUUUGGAUCAGGCUCGUGCUCGGCAACGAUCUCGGCUUUGCGGAGGCAUACAUGAGCGGCGAAGUUUCGACGCCGGACCUGGGUGCUUGCUUCAAGCUCUUCAUCGACAAUCGCGACGUGCUCUCCAACAUGUCCGUCGGCCCGCUCGCCAAGGUGACGUCGACGAUCCAGGCACUCCUCAACCGACGUUACGCCAACACCAAGCGGGGCAGCCUGCGCAACAUUGGUGCCCACUACGACAUCUCCAACACCAUGUACGAGGCCUUUCUGAGCGCCGACAUGACGUACAGCUGUGCCAUCUUCCCCACGCUCGAUGCAGACGUGCAGGAGGGGCCCUUGCUAGCAGCGGCGGCCAGUGCGGCAGCCAAGGCCGAGGAGAGCGGCGCAGGCGGGCGGGGUGUGGCGCCUGGCAUGGCAUAUCGCACCGCAGGCUUCCGCUCCGCUCAGCACGACGCCGGCUCCAAUGGGCCGAUCAACGUCAAUGGUCUUCUCACGCCGGAAUCGAGCAGGGGCAUGCACAGCCCGACGAUGCCGGUGCAGGACGAGCUGGAGGAGGCGCAGACACGCAAGCUGCGCACCCACAUUGAGCGUGCCAACCUGCAGAGCGGGCACCGUGUCCUCGAGAUUGGCACUGGCUGGGGCUCCCUCGCCAUUGAGGCUGUGCGCUCGUCGGGCUGCCGUGUCGACUCGCUGACGCUCUCUGUCGAGCAAAAGGCGCUGGCCGAGACGCGCAUCGCGGCGGCCGGGCUCAGCGACAGGAUCAAGGUCCACCUCAUGGACUACCGCGACAUGCCCGCCUCGUGGACCGACCGCUUCGACCGGGUGAUUUCGAUUGAGAUGCUCGAGGCCGUCGGCAUCGAAUUCCUCUCGACUUACUUUGGCUCCAUCGACCGGGUCCUCAACAAGGACGGCGGCGUGCUAGUCUUUCAGUGCAUCACCAUGCCCGAGGAACGCUUCCAGACGUACAUUGACACCGUUGACUUCAUCAAGCGCUGGAUUUUUCCCGGAGGAGUCCUGCCCAGCGUCACGUCGCUCAUCCAGGCCGUCGAGAGGGGCGCCAAGCGCGGCCUCGUCCUCGACACUGUCCACUCCAUUGGCCCACACUAUGCAAGGACACUGCGGGAAUGGCGACGGCGCUUCGAAGCCAGCUUUGACACCAUCAUCAAGCCGGCUCUACUGCGCGACCACGCCGAGAUUCGCCGAUUGAAAGCAGACGAGCAAGAUCGCGAGUGCGAAGUAUUUCGAAGGAAAUGGAUCUAUUACUUUGUCUACUGUGAGGUGGGCUUCACCGAAAGGGUCAUUGGCGACCACAUCAUGUCGUUUACCAGGACAUCGAAUAAGUCGCUGCCCGUCUGCUGCGGCUCAUGAUGACCCCACUCUCUUA